AGGACAUACAUCUACGGCUAGGCGUCAGUAUCUAUCAUAUCUCCAGGGCGACAGCACAUCUCUCAAGUUACCAAGUUUCAGCUACAGAGGAUUUGACUCUAUAAGUGAGCUCUCCCCACUUCUGCAGCAGUGUCCCUGGUGUGAACAUGGCCACCCUCCUGGUCCUGGUCCUCCUGCAGCUCCUCUCUGGUCCUGCCUUCUCUCUGACAGCGCCCAGUCAGGACUACUGGGGAGAUUAUGGCCCGUAUGGAGCCUGCAGUCGCACCUGUGGCACUGGAGUGGCUAUGAGGACUAGAACAUGCACCACAGCAAGGACAGACGGAGGACACAACUGCGUGGGGUCUUCCAAGUCCUACCGCACCUGUAAUCAGCAGGAGUGUCCUGCGGGAUCCAAAGACUUCCGUGAGCAGCAGUGCUCCCAGUUUGACAGGACCAACUUCCAGAGCAAAAGCUACAACUGGCUGCCCUACUAUGGAGCUUCCAACCCGUGUGAGCUGAACUGCGUCCCACGAGGACAGACCUUUUUCUACAGACACCGGCCCACCGUGGUGGACGGGACCCCCUGCUACGUGGGCCGCAGGGACAUCUGUAUAGAGGGGGUUUGCAGGGCGGUGAGCCAUGGGGAAAUUCUGGGGAUGGACCAGGACACGUCCUCUCCCCAAGUACUGGCCCCCGCCCCCCGCCUCAGGGAGAGUCUCACCUAUGCCUACACCUAUGGCGUGUACUCCGAGUGCUCCGCCCCCUGCAACGGAGGUAUGCAGAUGCGCAGCGUGCAUUGUGUGGCCCAGGACUCUACAGCGCCCCAUGUGGUGGACAACUCUUACUGCAUCAACCAAGGUCUGCAGAGGCCAGCCAGCCAGCAGGCCUGCAACAUGCACCCCUGUGCAGAGUACACAGUCUCCAGCUUCAGUGUGUGCUCGGUGACGUGUGGGGAUGGGCAGCAGACCAGGGAGGUGUUCUGUGUCGGCCCAGCAGGAGAGCGCAUCGAGGAUCGUGCCUGCCAGGGCCUGACACGCCCACCAGCCGUCCAGGCCUGUCGCAAGCCGGCUUGUCAGACACACAUCCGCUGGCACGUCACAGAAUUUGGACUGUGCUCUAGGAGCUGUGGGGGAGGGGUGCGGGAGAGGAGGGUGGCCUGUAUGGACACAGACCUGAACCCCUAUGGAGAUGAGAGGUGUGGGCCCCAAGCCAGACCCCCCAGUGUGGACACCUGUAACACACAGGCCUGCCCCGGAGCUCAGGUGAUACCCAGUGUGCAGGACCCAAGAGGACAACAGACCACCAUGAGAGGAUUUAUGCCUUAUGUCCCUGGGGAGCCAUCCGUCCACAGGCCACACGACAACACAGUCUACGACCCUUACACCACCUCUGUGGUUGGUCCUCACUGCUACCAAUCAUAUUAUGGCUGCUGCCCCGACGGCCACACCUCCGCCACCGGGCAAAGAGGGGAGGGCUGUCACCUGGAUAACUGUCUCCAGUCCAGGUUUGGCUGCUGUCUGGAUGGGGUGACUCCAGCUCAGGGUUUUGGAAGGGCAGGAUGUCCGGAUUACCACACUCCUUCUGACCCCUCCCCUCCUGUCCAGUCUGGGGACGUGUGUUCCAUGACACGCGAUGAAGGCCCCUGUGACACCUGGAAGUCCCGAUUCUACUACCACUCUGGAACCCGCAAAUGCACCCAAUUCUGGUAUGGGGGUUGCCAGGGAAACCACAACAACUUUGCCUCCAUGGCAGAGUGUCAGAGAAGGUGUGAGGCUAGAGCCCCUGCUAGCCCCUCACCUUCUGGGAGAGCACCGGCCACCAGGAGGGGCCGGAGGGUGAGGGCCAACCAGGCCCGUCGCUGAUGUUGUAGAGAACACAGGAUGAACUAGACGCAGAUCCUGACUACAAUGUAAAUUUCAGUUUCAGUGCCUGCCAGGCAAAUUAAAAGACUGGCAGAAAUAAAACUUAAAAACAGAUAUAUUUACAACACAGAAGAUUUUGAAAAUGUCUCUACAUUUCUCCCCAUAUAAACAAAUGCUGUAACAUGUGUAUAUGCCUUCUUUAAUUGUUAAUAUAAAUAAAACAAACUCAGUAACUAAA